CCUACAUAUAUGCUCUUAUAAAUCGUGAUAUUUCUGUACAUUUCCACAGCUGCUCUUAAAACAAACAUUCACGCUUUGAUAGACCCCUUAAAAAUCCUCAAAUUAUCUCCGCACGACAUCGCCGCUCGUACGUCUUACAAAGUUGUUUCAGGGUCUAUAAACUGCGACAGGCGCUUAUUUCGACGUCACCCCGCCAUCAUCCCGAAGGGCAGUAAGCGACACGACACGAACGAAGCCAACACUGCACUGUAAACUCUUGCCGUGGCACUUCCUCCUCUAUAACAACGACCAACGCGCCUGCUUGUCUGGCUCUUUCUGACAUUCAAAACCAACUGGCGACCAUUCACAAGCUCGCUCUAGCCAACUCUCCAAUUGACGUGAGCGGUGGAUUGCAAGGCCUAGCCCUGUGCCUUCCGAGGACCGUCAAACAGACAUAACUGCGAAACAACACGCUGAGCUCGCCUGAAUCCAGCUACGAGAUAUGGGGAAAUCGCAGUCGAAGCUGUCCCAAGAGCAGCUCUCGGAGUUGCAGCGUUCUACCCAUUUCGACAAGAAGGAGCUCCAGCAAUGGUAUAAGGGCUUCCUCAAGGAUUGUCCCUCGGGCAUGCUCACAAAGGAGGAGUUCCAAAAGAUCUACCGCCAAUUCUUUCCAUUUGGGGAUCCAUCCUCCUUUGCAGACUAUGUUUUCAAUGUCUUCGACAGCGAUAGAUCUGGCUCCAUUGAUUUCAAGGAGUUCAUUUGUGCUCUGAGCGUCACCAGCAGAGGCAAGAUGGAAGACAAGCUCGACUGGGCCUUCCAGCUGUACGAUAUCGACGGAGAUGGAAAGAUCAGUUACGACGAGAUGCUGGCGAUUGUAGAGGCGAUAUAUAAGAUGGUUGGCUCCAUGGUAAAGCUUCCAGAUGAUGAGGACACGCCAGAAAAGAGAGUCAAGAAGAUCUUUCGCACGAUGGACAAGGAUGAGAAUGGAAGCCUGGAUAUUGAAGAGUUCAAGGAGGGCAGCAAGCGCGAUGAGACCAUCGUUUCUGCUCUAUCUCUUUACGAUGGACUUGUUUAGAAAGAUAUGAGUGAGCGGGAUACAAGUGUAUUAUGCCAUUAUGACCACUGCGUGCCCCAAUGCGUUUUUAUGUCCUCAACCAGGUGCAGUUCCCUGGCGUCACGCGGAUUUCUAGGGAGACUUGAAUAUCCAAUAUUUUUGUAGCGGCC